CUUGUAAUCCAUGGCUCGAACACCAAUCUUUAUCAAAAUGAUCUACACGUGUAUUUUAACCACGCUGGGCAAAUUUUCCACGCACCAUUGUAAUCUCCAUUAGUGGCUUGAAAUUGCGCUUGGUUCUCUUGUCGAUCGAAACCAAAAAAGUUUGAUGGUGGAUGGUUCAGUGUCUUGUGCCAUUUGGAAUCUACUCUUUGAUCGAGCAACAGGUUUGUUUAUUACGCUGUCCAGGAUUGAACAGGAACCACAAUGCUUCGUAUCUACUUUAUGUCAAUGGGCGUCUUGGUUUUCGCCACUUCGUCGUUGGGAGGUCCCUAUUCGCAAAAUAAAACCUCUCGCGAGUCCAAACAAUUCUCCCUCUUUCAAGUCAUAACAUUUGAAAACGAAAACUGUCUUGGAAGCACCCGAAAUGGAACUUGUUACACAGCAAGCGAAUGCACAGACCGAGGUGGUUCAACCUCUGGAACUUGUGCAUCUGGCUAUGGUGUAUGUUGCAUUUUUAGUGUCAAUUGUGGAAGUCAAUCGGCAGAAAACAACACCUAUCUCUCGGAAACUUCCUCUGCGGGACUAUCGUCGUGUUCUUACACGAUAUGCAAGUCCCAAUCAAACAUCUGUCGGAUCCGUUUUGAUUUCACGACUUUCUCCAUCGCCGGCCCUGUUAACGGGUUGAUAGAGAACACUAACGCAGCGGGUGGCGCCAUUGGGGAUUGCACCAUGGAUCAAUUUUCUGUGACAGCUCCCGGAGGAGUAGGAUCCCCUGUCAUAUGUGGUUUCAACAUGGGACAGCACAUGGUGGUGGACGCUAGUGAUCAAUGUCACGAGGCCGUGUUCAAUUUUGGCGGCUCGGCAAUGACUCCAAGAUCUUGGGACAUCAAAGUGACGCAAUUUGCUUGCAAUGAAGAAAUGGGAGGACCUGAGGGAUGUUUGCAGUACUUCUCUGCCGUGUCAGGAACUAUUUCCAGUUUUAACUUUCCCACGAGCUCCUCAGCGGUCUCGUCAAGUGUUACUCACUUGUCUGGUCAAGAUUACAGAAUUUGUAUACGUCGGAGUGCUGGAUAUUGUGCGAUUUGUUAUGUCCCCAAUUUCGCCGACGCGGUCACUUCCCUUGUUGCGUCCACUCAAGUAAGUAAAAUUUCAGCCCUUAAGGCUUUUUGAUCAUUAUUUGCAUGUUGCUGAAGGAAAGAAUUGAUAGUCAAAUCUUAGGCUCGAUAGGAAUGUUCUCUUAAAUAACAGUCAAUGGGAUUUGGUUUUGAAUGAACAUCCAUGCACCACUGGAGUAUGGACGGUGACGUUGAGGUUAUCAAUUAACAGUUGUGACCAAAUAACUGGGUUCAAAAGUUAUAUUCUAUCAAAGCACAGUAAGAGUAUAAAUAGGGUAUGAAUCUUCGGGUAAGGAACUUUGAGAUGGGAUUCAUUUUGAUCUAGGCAUUUGAUCGAGUAGUAAGAUGAAACACAUAUUUGUAUGAGUCUUAUUGGAAAAAGUACUCAGUGUGUUCACUCGAUUCCCAAAUGUUAAAUCUCAGCUCUAGCAUACCCGUCCAUAUUCCAUUGGUUUCGUGAUACAUCCCUUGCCUUGUAAGGUAAAACCAGACUAAGUAAAGAAGAACGCUUUUAUCCUCGUGUAUGCAAUCAAGGAUUUUGGUCAAAAGCCAGUCAGGUGUCAAAUAGCAAAACAGGCCUCUGGUUGAAUUUGUUAACGAGGACAUGCAUUUUUGGGCAUCGGUAGUCAUAUUUUCACUCACUCGUCGUUUUCUUUGAGGUUUUGACUUUGGCACUUAUCGUGCAUGACUUAGUCUCUCACUAUAUAGAUAGAUUGAUUUCUUUGAUCGUGAUUGAAUAAUGUCGGCAUCUAAUCUUCGAGUUAACAUCUUAAUGUAUUAACAAUUUCAUGAGCAUGUACUUCCUCAGGUUCUGGAUAAGCAAAAGCUUGUUUCACCAAGACCUGAGCGAGAGAUAGAGGACAUUGAUAAUCAGUAAUAUUACAGAAGCCGACUUGGGUGAGGAAGAUGUAAUAUUUCAUGUAAAAUAUGAUCCACCAGCGAAUUCGAGUUGGCGGAUCUGGCUAGCCCUUGAAUGUAGGGUUGAUCAGGAAUUUGAAUGAAAAACCUGUCCAAGCCUAACUUAAAUCCUGCUACUGGAUCAACGCCUGCAUACUCCCUACGAAUAUUAGAGACAAGCAAAUUGAACAAUGAAGGAGCCAGAGAAAGAAGAGAAGUGGACUUCAUUGCUCAAACUAGUCUGGAUUCUUGAGGGCUUGAAGGUGCUCUCAAAACGCACAUUAAGCCUCUACGGUCACUAGCAUUGACCCUAAAACCUGGGUUGGGACAAAGCUCAUGAAUGCUUUUGAAAACGUUCAGUAUCAGAUACCUUUCGUACCUUCUCUUCUCGACGGGAGUUGACAAAGGAUCUGUUCAAUCUGGCCCACGCACUCCUUUGCAAUAAACAAGAUUGUCCUCUUGUUUAUGUACUUUCUGCAAUUCCCCUCUUCAAUUAUUCCAUGUGCACUGAACAAGUCUAGUCAUAUUCAGUGUGUAGUCAUUUUCUAGUCAACUGUGUUAUUGAUUUUAUCAUUUUGAGGUUAUUCUUUUGUUACACAUUUACCAAUAUUUGUAUAACGCCUAUAUUUGGUUGACUUUCACCCAAGUAAGCUUCAGCUUUGCUCUCAAAUUAACAGUUUUAACAUUUGAUAUUCGUUCAUU